CGCCAGUCUUCCAAGCAAACAAAACCUUCUACAUACACCAUAUUUCAAAUCAUCAAAACAAGCCUGGAGAGGAGAGAGAAAGAAAGAUGGGAAGAGCUCCGUGCUGUGAUAAAGCAAAUGUGAAGAAAGGGCCAUGGUCACCAGAAGAAGAUGCAAAGCUCAAAGACUACAUAGAGAAGCAUGGCACUGGUGGCAACUGGAUAGCUCUUCCUCAAAAGGCUGGGCUGAGAAGGUGUGGGAAAAGCUGCAGAUUAAGAUGGCUUAACUAUCUGAGACCCAACAUUAAACAUGGAGAAUUUUCAGAUGAAGAAGAUAGAGUAAUUUGCAGCCUCUAUGCUAGCAUUGGAAGCAGGUGGUCAAUAAUAGCAGCUCAGUUGCCAGGCAGGACAGACAAUGACAUUAAGAACUACUGGAACACCAAGCUGAAGAAGAAGCUAAUGGGAUUGGUCUCUUCUUCUUCAUCUUCUCAGAAAACCAGACCUCACCAGACACCAUAUCCACCACCAUCAAUACUCUCCUCUUCCCCAUAUUCAUCUCCAUCAAUCUCAUCCCCACCACCACUAAUCAAAUCCACCAAUUACUUCCCAUCCCCCACUUUUCAUGCCCUUUCCAUCCCACCACAGCACAGUAGUGUUGCUGGAGCUUAUGUGGGCCCCAUCCAGAACCAUCAGCAUCACAUGGUGAUGACAGACAGAGUCCUGAAUUUUGGUGGUGGUGCUGCUAGCUGCAGUUCCUCUGAUGGGAGCUGCACAAUGAUGAGCAGCCAUGGCAAAGACUUUGACUACAGUACUGAAAGCUAUGGAGGGUUGCAGAGCUUUGUGUAUGAUAAUGGUGAUGUGAAGCCUAGUGUUGUUGAGAGUGGAGGAUGUUAUGGUGGCAAUAACCCUUUAGAUUAUAGCAGUUUGGAGGAGAUUAAGCAGCUGAUUACCACUAAUAACAUGUGUAACAACUUCUUUGUUGAUGACAACAAGGCACAAGAAAAUGUGGUCUUGUACUACUGAUCUCAUCUCUCUCAUGCCUCCACUGUUGCCACUACCAACUCAGAAACAAACAAGAUUUCCUGGGAACAUGUUUCCUUGCUAUCCUAUGCUGGGAAUUCUUAAAUUUGGUGGUUUUUUUUUAACCUUCCUCAGAGUACAUGUUAUCAUGAUCAUAAAAUUAAAGUAGUCUUUUUUUUCUUUUUCUUUUUUUUUUUUUCCUUUUUAUUAUUUUUUGUGCAAUUAUUUCUGGGAAACGAUGUAUUAACAAUAGUAGUAAAUUUCUUGAAAAUUAAAGAAUAGAGAU